ACUUUACUCCUCCUGCUCCUCUCUGGGACUCUGCUGCUAUAUAUACUGAUCCAGGAGCUGUGCACAACACACUCUGCAUCCAUCACAGCUCAGCCACAGCUGCAGUCAUGAAGGUCCUCGUUGUGCUCGCCCUCGCUGUUUUCACAGGUUGCCAUGCCAACAUCGUGUGGCAGAACCAGCCCAAGCCCCAGGUGGAGAUGGUGAAAGAUGCAUUCUGGGACUACGUCGCCAAGGCAACCAUGACUGCUGAGGAUUCCCUGAAGCAGAUCAGACAGUCCGAGCUGGGAAGUGAAGUGAACACCCUGAUCUCUGAGAGCACCGACGCCGUCAACAAGCUCACCGACGCUCUGCGCACUCAGGUGGCCCCUCUCACCCAGGAUCUCAUGUCUAAGUUUACCCAGGAGGCCGAGCUGCUGAAGGCUCGUCUGGAGAAAGAUCUGACCGCCGUUAGCGCCAGCCUGCAGCCCUACGCCCAGGAGCUGGUCGCUGACCUCCAGAAGCAGGUGGAGGAGCUGAAGAAGGACGCCAUCCCCUACGCUGACUCCAUGGACUCCAAGGCCCUGAAGGCCAUCCUGGUGCAGAAGAGCCAGGAGCUGAGGACCCAUCUGGACAAGAGCGUCGCCCAGCUGCAGGCCCAGAUGGUGCCCUACACCGAGGAGAUCAAGGAGAAGAUGGAGCAGAGCCUGGAGGAGUUCCAGAGGAGCAUGGUCCCCCUGUCCCAGAGCUUCGAGAGCCAGCUGACCCAGAAAACCCAGGAGAUCCAGCAGAACCUGGCCCCAUACGGAGAUGUGCUGAGAGCCCAGCUGGACACCGACAUCCAGAACCUGAAGAAGCAGCUGGAGGCUCUGUGGAAGUCCUUCACUAAGAUGACCCAGUAAAUUGAAUUUUAUCUAUACCAUUAUUUAUGUUUUUAUUUCUCUCAAACACCCUGCAACAGCACAGUAAAAAACAUACUUUCCACGCGGUACUCAAGCAACAGCAAAGCAUGAUGGACCAUGGUCACAUCCCUAGAAGGCUUUUUAUACGGACCAUCUAACGAUUCCUACCAUUAACACAACUGAGGAUGCUUCCCAAUAUUCAAAUGAAUUUUAACUCGCCAUCGUAGGAGGCUAUGGGAUCAUUUGGCUAGCAUUAGCUCGUAUGAGGCUAUAACUUGGGAUCAUUUGGCUAGCAUUAGCUCGUAUGAGGCUAUAACUUGGGAUCAUUUGGCUAGCAUUAGCUCGUAUGAGGCUAUAACUUGGGAUCAUUUGGCUAGCAUUAGCUCGUAUGAGGCUAUAACUUGGGAUCAUUUGGCUAGCAUUAGCUCGUAUGAGGCUAUCAUUUGGGAUCAUUUGGCUAGCAUUAGCUCGUAUGAGGCUAUAACUUGGUAGAACAGAUUUAUCUUCAAGUAUGCUGUGCAUUGCCGGAGCUGAUCCAACCUCUCAGUUCUCUAUUCUCAGUUUUGAAAUGUUCUCUUCUACCUGAUCAUCAGUGUUAAAUCAGUGUUGGUUUUAUGGGACAGAAAAAAAAGUGCAAUACCUCAUUUUCUAUGUUUUUAUUGAAGGAAAAUGCUAUAAUGUUACUGUUACUACUGUAUGAGCUUUCAUCUGUAAAAUAACAAUAAAUAGGUUAAAUGUA